AUGGACCCCAGCCCGCUGCUGCGCUGUCUCCGACGGAUCUUAGAGUUGAGGAAAGACGCGCGCAGACCGUUCGCGGCUCCGGAUCAAGUGGAAGAACCGUCUUUCACCUCCAACUGUUUUAACCACAGUGUCAAAACGCCAGUCAGCAUCAUGUCGUUAUGGAUGAUGCUUCCUCUCAGUCUUCCUGUGUUCAUGAUCACGGGAAUCUGGGUCGUAUAUGCCAUGGCCCUUUAUAACCAGCAUGUCUGUCCUGUCAAUAACUGGGUUUAUAAUGAGUCGUGUGAGGAGGAGCUCCACCUGCAGAGAAGCCCCGUCCUCUGCUGCACGCUGGAGAACGUCCCUCUCAUAAGUAAAAGUGGGACAAUGCCACCUGAGAGCUGCUUCUUCAGCCUCAUCUGCAGCACUGGCGCCUUUAUGGUGCUGCUGAUCGGCCUGCUGCGCUACGCCCACGUCAUCGAGAAACACCAGAACUGCCUCCUGAACACAGCGGGACUCUCCACCAGUUGGAUCUGUGCCGCUGGUCUCCUCAUGGUGGGAAACUUCCAGGUGGACUAUGCCAAAGUGCUGCAUUAUGUUGGUGCUGGCGUGGCGUUCCCCUGCAGCAUGCUGUUCGUGUGUCUCCAGUCCGCUCUGACGUAUCGACUCGCUAAAACACAAGGAGAGUACCGGACGGGACACUUGCGAGCCGCCAUGACCAUGCUGGCGCUGGUCGCUCUGGUGCUUAGUGGAGUUUUCUUUUGCCAGGAGAGCUUCGUCCUCCAACACGCCUCGGCCAUAUUCGAAUGGGUCUACUGCAUUCUCCUCAUGCUGUUCUACGGGACUUUUGCCUUUGAGUUUUCGGACAUUACCGGGGACACGCUCAUGGUUUUAUCUAAAGGAGCCAAAGAGCAGAACUUUGACAUUUCGGACCACAAGACUGAGGUGCGAGGAGUUAACCACCACCAGCCUGAGACCCUAGCCAUGCUGUAA